AUGGCGCUCGUGUAUAGUGCAGCAGAGUACUGUGCGCCAGCUUGGACAAGGAGCACUCGCAGUAAAAAAAUCGACAUGCAGUUAAACCAUACCAUGAGAAUUAUCUCAGGAACGGUAAAAAGUACUCAAAUACAAUGGCUCCCUGCUCUUACAAACAUUGCUCCUGCUGACCUGAGAAGAAAAGCAGCAACCCACUCCUUGUUAAAUAAAAUUAAAAAAAAGCCAAACCUCCCAGUAUACGAGGACAUUUAUCAACACCCAGUAAAAAGACUUAAGUCUAGAAAUCCAGUGUGGAUCGAUAUUGAAACAGAAGUGAACACAAAAAACCAAUGGANACAAUAA